AACAUUUGGUUAAAAGUUAUUCGUACCAAUAAUAAUUCUGUAAUACCUGCUCACUUUUUCCUAAGCGCUCUUGACGAAUUUGAAAUUUGUCCAGGGUAAAAAGUGGACAAGCAAGGCAAACUGCUCUUUUAAAUAUGAUCACUAUAGGUGGGUAUUUUGAUCAGAGAGGGGGCACUAGCGCCACCACAUAUUAAAAAGCGAAAAAGAAGGCUUGGAAACGAGGUUGUGUAUUAACGGUAAACUUUCUGAGUAUAAAGUCGCCAAGUGAUUGAAUAAAAUAUGACGCAAUUCAAAUCAGUAAAUAACGUAUUCAAAUCAGUAAAUGAAAAAAUUGCAUCUCUAUUCUAUUGCGCACGCGUGAAGAUCGGCAUAAUUAUGUAGGCACUUAUUCUGCAUGAUAUGUAAUUGUCGUAAACAAAAAGUGCUUGGAGGGUAUUCUGCCGGUUAAACUGUGGUAAAAAGUAGGUCUCUAUAUUCUGAUGUUAAUUCUGGUAUGACGCCUGACGUAUUCUUGGUAUGCCAGCAUCCACACAAAAGCAUAGCGGAUCAGACACUGAUGAGGAAAAAGAGACGCGAAAGCAAGAUGAACCUUAUCACAAAGAAACGCUCCGACAUCGUUUAAACUCGUUCCGUUCACUUUUGAGUUAUUUCUACGAGGAGCAAAAACAAACACCAUGGCAAUUUCUUAUUGGUCCAGCCGCGUCACAGCAGAAUGAUUUCACGCUGACGCAUUUAUGGUAUAUGUUUAUUCUGUUUUUUAUACCUGUAUGCAGUUUUCUAACGGGCUUGGGUUUUCUGCAGACUUAUCUUGCAAGUGAUAGCAAUCUAUGUGAUUGGAAAAAUAGAAAAAACACAUGUGAAAGUGUUAUUGUGUUGUUUGUUACCUAUCGAAUUGGUUUCGCUGUGUCCAUAUUUUUUCUCUUCACUACAAUACUUCUACUAACCACAAAGAGCAAAGAAAAUAUAAAAACAUCUUAUUUGCAUUCCGGCUUUUGGAUUGAAAAGAUUGUUAUUGUUUUGAUAUUGUCAUGUGUUGCUUUUGCUUUCCCGCCAAGUUCAUUUGAUAGUGUUUGGGUAUAUGUUGUUUUGUUUGGUGAUUUUUUAGUAACUUGUUUACAAAUGUUUUUAUUAUGUGAUAUUGUCAAAACACUCCAUAAUAUUGUCCGUGGUUACUUCAAGAAAACGAACACAAACAUAUUACAACGAUGUGUGAUUUUGUUUCUUGAAGUAUUAUUUCCAGUAAGUGUACUUACGGUUAUGAUAUCACUGUCGUUAUAUGAAGGCUUUACAUCAAUCAAAAAAUGUCUAGCUACGAUAUCUUUUGCUAUAUUAAACCUCGUAUUAGUAUGUUUCAUAGUGGGAUUUGUGUUAAUCGCACAACGUAAAUUUAUCCUGGUAGCAUUUUACGUGUGUUCAUAUUCGUCUUUUUUAACAUUCAAAUCGAUAGUAUUUCGAAGUGAUUUAUAUUCAUCCACUGAAAAUAUAUCAGAAGAUAGUAUCAAUCCCCCCGAUGUGAAAACCCUGAUCACGAUCAUAUUUCUUUAUGCGACAAUCAUCUACGGUUUGGUGAGAAGGGACAAUAUUCAACACUAUUAUUUUUAUUAUUGGGUGUUAUGUCGAGAAAAUUGCGUAGUAGCUCGUAACAAGGGAAACAACCAAGAUAAACAAAGCUUGAAAAAAAACAUUAACCAUAACGAAACUUUAUUGGACUUAACGCUGGAGGAGAUAGAUUUGUGUACAAAGGAACACAAAAACCGUGAACGUAGUGAUAUAAAGCAGCACACUGGGGACAGCAAAUGCGUCGAAGUUACAUAUCAAGAAGCAUUCAUACAUUUUAUAUUGUUUCUGGUCUCUCUAAAAUCUACUAGUACCGUUACGAACUAUCAUCUUUUGAAAAAAACCUUUGAGGAUUUAGAACCAGUAAAACCGAUGAUGUCAUCAAUCACCACUCACGUGACUAGCUUAGUUGUAUCGGUCUUGUUUGCUUGGAUUUUAUUUACGUCACACUUUAAUAAACAUGCCAAUCACUUAUCAGUAAGAUCGCUUUUAGAAACAUUGUUGGAUUUUAUACUGCAACUGUUUUAUAAAGUAUUUAUCAAAACACCAAAAUAUUUUGAAAAUCAAUCCCGCUCAAGAUAUGUCUACUUUAUAUUUUUCGUGUGUUGUUUCAUAUCAGCUUGUACCGUUAUUUCGCCGUCGUAUCGACAAUUCUUGGAAAAAACAUCAAUAUUAUGCGAACAUCGUGCAACGCUUGGCGCUUGUGUCUCACAAGAUCCAGCAUACAUGGGAUUAUUUCGUGUACUUGUUAGCACAGGAUUGUUUUUCCUUAUCCUCAGUAUUGUGUUAUACAACGUGGUAACAGUGUCUAGCAACCGCAACGUAAUUCAACAUGGCUGUUGGAUACUUAAAGCUAUCCUUAUUACUUGCAUAUUUAUAACUUUCAUUAAUCUACCCAGUAAAAUUAGCAGGGUAUGGCUGUACGUGAGUUUAACAUCAACAUUUUUAUUUACUCUAUUGCAACUUCUUUGUUUAUUGGAUGCAGUUGGAAUUGUUAACACAUCAUGGAAUCAUGUAAAAUUUGCACCAAGCACUAUGUACUACAGUUCAUCGAGUUUGACGACGUUUUUAUACAUCGCAUCAACAGCAGUUUUCGUUUGUUUUUACGUAUACUACGCGCAUAACUUCAAUUGCAAAGUAACUCGAUUAUUUAUCAGCAUCAAUUUAGUUUUAUGUAUUUCAGCAAGUUUAAUUUCUGUUCAUCCUAUUGUCAGUUCCGGUGGAUUGCUGAGGUCAGCAGUUGUGACGUCAUUUUGCAUGUAUUUAACUUGGUCGGCGUUGAAUUAUAAUCCAAAUGAGAAGUGUAACCCUUUAGCUCGUAACCUCGUUAUGGUGGCAGCCAAACCAAGUCGAGACAUGGUUUCCUUAGCAGAUUUUUUCUUCUUAAUAACGGCAUUACUAAUUUUCACAAUCCGAAUUGAAAAUAUUAUUCCAAAAUUGAUCAAGUUAAAACCAAUUAUCAAGGUUAGGUGCUGUUGCAAAGCGCACGACAAUCACACGUCGCCUGACGAUGAUGUGACGACGGGCCUUGUGAAUGAAGAUAAUGACGUCAAACAAAUCGAAAGAUGGCUUGAAACCUGCAAAUCCGAAACGCCCGAGCUUCCAGAGUCGCCAAAACUUGAAUUGCCUUUGCGCGAACGCAUAUUAUUCGGGGACAACACUUGCAUUUACAAAGGUAAAUUAUCUCAAUUAUCUACAAUGCAACACGAAGAAUAUUUGGUGCCGUUUAGUUAUUCCUGGUUUCACUUCGUAUAUUUCCUAGCAGCAUCGUAUAUAUUUAUUUUACUUACACACUGGUUAGAACCUAUACCAGGUUCUGGUUUUAAAGUUAGUGUGCACUGGGCCAUUAUGUCUGUCAAGAUGGUAGCUAGUAGCACAAUUGUUCUGCUGUAUAUAUGGACACUCAUUGCACCUAUUAUGGAAAACUCGUAUUAGACAAUAUAAAACGCAGUAUAUAAAUGUAACCUUUAGUUCCGUCAUGCUAUAUUUAAUUCUGUUACCAGUAAAACUUCCUUAUAUAACAGACAUGUCUCAACAACGGCCACUCUUUCAGGAACAAAUUAAAUGAUGAUCCAACUCAACAAAAGCUCUAAUGUGGUGCAUACUUUACAGCGAACUUCAAUUCGAUAUUCCAAUUUAUAUAAGCCCUUAGAACUGACCUCUCUAUAGCAGACACACCCAACAAUGGGUCAUAUAAAACAAUUCUUGUCAGAAAUUUGUCAAUAUUUUACUUAAGACAUGUUUUACAAAAAAAUGAUAAACACAGAGUAAAAUCAUGGUUUUUUUUGUAAGGUCUGUUUUUUUCCACUAGAAGCAGUACUUACAGUCGAGUUAAUUUUACCCUAACACCUCAAGAGUAGAUUUUUUAACGUAAUGUAAGUCAAUUUAAAAAAAAACCUCUUUGCCGUGGACACCUCUCCAAUAAAGAAGCUUUACUGUACCCUGAGACAAACUUUAUAAAAAAGGUAUUACUGUAGUAUUGUUAUGCCCCCGUCUUUGAAAGUGUGAACUGUAUCGAAGCUUUAGGAAUGUCUCGCAAAUGAAAAAGAGUGUACGUUAAUGUUAACCCGAUGUUUUAAUUUUACUAAGCUAUCACCACACACGAAAUAUAUAUGGGAUAAAAACACACCCCCCCCCCCCCCCCCCCUCACCAAUGUCGAAUUGACUUUUAGCGUACACUUCUCAAUUUGGAAAUCAUCUGUUGCAAAUACCCAUUUUGGCCUACACUUCUUUCUUCUUACGUAGUAGGAAAUUUUAUUUCUAGUUAACACUUUAGUUCAAAUAUGUCAUGAAAUUGUAAAUAUUAUUAUAUUAAUUUGUAGCCUUUUUUAUAUAUUUAAAUUAUUGUAAUUAUACACUUUUACCGUUUUAUAUUAUACAGUGACCAAAUGCAAAAAUAUAUCACUGAAAUAAUAAAAUAUGGACAAAAUAAAACCAUAGAAAACUUUUUAAAAAAUUUAGUAGUAGAGAUUUAGUAGUACUGUAGUACACAGGCUCAAAAAAAUUUGGCAUCAAACCAUACCGAUCUUAAAACCAUUUGAAAUAGAUAAAGCCUAACUCCAUUAAAAAUUUCGCUAAAACGAACAGAAUACGAAACGUUUGUCUUUCUUUGGCCA